AGUUGCAGUCCUGGGAAGCAGCUUCCUGUAGCCAGCCCUCCCCGGAGGUCGAUGCUGGCUGUCCCACUGCUUGCCUGUCGUGGGCAGGGACAUCUCAGUGCUGCAUGUAGAGCAACUUGCUGAGUCUGGAGGGCAGGCAUGCCUCUUGGCAUUUGCUGACCAAUAAAGAGCCGUUGAAUGCCUGAACUUUUCUUGUCUAUGAACUGAAGACCCUUUGCUGGUUGACUUGCAGUGGAGCUGGGUUCUGGAGCUGGCACCUGUGCCAAACCUCUGCCCCUUACAGGAGAUGCCACUGCUUGGGCGCAGGCUGGGUGGUGACUGCCAGGCCUGCCUGUUCCUCCCUGCCUGGGGACGAGCGUGUGGUUGCUGUGAGGAUAGAUGGCAGGUUCUGCCAGGCCCUCCUUGGACUUGGUCAGAGCUGAGUUCAGGCUUUGGCGAGCUCAGGGCCUCUGUUCUGACAUGCGUGGUGAGGGGCCCUGUGCUGAGCAGGUCCCUCAUGCGCUGGCUGGCACUAUCAUCUGGGGAAGCAGGAAUUAGUGACGUUGGUCACGUGUGCACCGGGUUCACAGAAGUCUUGGGAUUGAUUAUUCUCCGGUGUUCAGAGGCAUCCUGUCGCAGUCAGUGCCUCAGCUCUGGUGUGCUCUGAGCCGCCAGGGAGUCUGGCCAAGCUGGACUUGGGCCCAGUCACUCUCCCCUUCAGUGUCAUUUUGGGGUACCACAUGAGAGCUGGGGCUAUGGUGAGCAGUACUGCUGGAGCCCACCUGCCAGAGCCUGCCUGUGCUUGUAGCAGGCAGCACUGCUCCAGGCAGACAGGUGCAGGGCCAAGCUGGUCCUUUCUGGCACCUAGACCUGAGCUUCUCUCCCUCCUCGUGGCCAGAGCCGCAGAGGACAUGCCCCGGGCUCUGCCGGCCCAGCCUCUGGCUUUGCACACGUGGCUCUGAGGGUACAGUUCCUGGGCAUGUCUGUCUCCAUGGGAGCUGCCUGAUACCUGCAGGUCUUGCCCUUGAGCUGCAGCAGGGCAUGUGUGUCUGCCUCCGGCUCUGUGGUGCAGCCUCCUACCUUCACCCUUUCUCUGCCGUCACCACCCCUGCGGCCGAGCAGGUAAAUGGCCAGCAAGGAGGGGGGUCCGAGCCGGCGGCGGCAGCGGUGGCAGCGGGAGACAAAUGGAAACCUCCACAGGGCACAGACGCCAUCAAGAUGGAGAACGGGCAGAGCACGGCCGCAAAGCUGGGGCUGCCGCCCCUGACGCCCGAGCAGCAGGAGGCCCUCCAGAAGGCCAAGAAGUACGCGAUGGAGCAGAGCAUCAAGAGUGUGCUGGUGAAGCAGACCAUUGCCCACCAGCAGCAGCAGCUCACCAACCUGCAGAUGGCAGCAGUGACAAUGGGCUUUGGAGAUCCUCUCUCACCUUUGCAAUCGAUGGCGGCUCAGCGGCAGCGGGCGCUGGCCAUUAUGUGCCGGGUCUACGUGGGUUCCAUCUACUACGAGCUGGGCGAAGACACCAUCCGCCAGGCCUUUGCCCCCUUCGGGCCCAUCAAGAGCAUUGACAUGUCCUGGGACUCGGUCACCAUGAAGCACAAGGGCUUUGCCUUUGUGGAGUAUGAGGUCCCGGAGGCUGCACAGUUGGCCUUGGAGCAGAUGAACUCGGUGAUGCUGGGCGGCCGGAACAUCAAGGUGGGCAGACCCAGCAACAUCGGGCAGGCCCAGCCCAUCAUCGACCAGCUGGCUGAGGAGGCCCGGGCCUUCAACCGCAUCUACGUGGCGUCCGUGCACCAGGACCUCUCCGAUGACGACAUCAAGAGCGUGUUUGAGGCUUUUGGGAAGAUCAAGUCCUGCACGCUGGCCCGGGACCCCACGACCGGCAAGCAUAAGGGCUACGGCUUCAUCGAGUAUGAGAAGGCCCAGUCUUCUCAGGAUGCUGUGUCUUCCAUGAACCUCUUUGACCUGGGUGGCCAGUACCUGCGGGUGGGCAAGGCUGUCACACCCCCCAUGCCCCUGCUCACGCCUGCCACGCCUGGAGGCCUCCCGCCUGCGGCUGCUGUGGCUGCUGCUGCCGCCACAGCCAAGAUCACAGCUCAGGAAGCAGUGGCUGGAGCGGCGGUGCUGGGCACCCUGGCCACGCCGGGAUUGGUGUCGCCCGCACUGACUCUGGCCCAGCCCCUGGGGGCUCUGCCCCAGGCUGUCAUGGCUGCUCAGGCCCCCGGGGUCAUCACAGGUGUGACCCCGGCCCGCCCUCCUAUUCCGGUCACCAUCCCUUCUGUGGGGGUGGUGAACCCCAUCCUUGCCAGCCCUCCGACCCUGGGUCUUCUGGAGCCCAAGAAGGAGAAGGAGGAGGAGGAGCUGUUCCCAGAGUCGGAGCGGCCAGAGAUGCUGAGUGAGCAGGAGCACAUGAGCAUCUCGGGCAGCAGCGCCCGCCACAUGGUGAUGCAGAAGCUGCUCCGCAAGCAGGAGUCCACAGUGAUGGUGCUGCGCAACAUGGUGGACCCCAAGGACAUUGACGAUGAUCUGGAGGGGGAGGUGACGGAAGAGUGCGGCAAGUUCGGCGCCGUCAACCGUGUCAUCAUCUAUCAGGAGAAACAGGGCGAGGAGGAGGACGCAGAGAUCAUUGUCAAGAUCUUUGUGGAAUUUUCUAUGGCCUCAGAGACUCACAAAGCCAUCCAGGCCCUCAAUGGGCGCUGGUUUGCAGGCCGCAAGGUGGUGGCUGAAGUGUACGACCAGGAGCGUUUCGACAACAGUGACCUUUCAGCGUGACCUUGGCCCGGUCCCCAGACUUGUUCCUUGUUCCCUCUGGGUUUUACAGAACGACAGGGUGGUGUUCCUGGGGUCCAGGAGCUGUGUCUAGCCUGGCCUCUAGUGUGGAUAAAAGUGCAGAUGCCGCUGGCUGUGAACAUUC